AUGAAGGUCGAGGUGGACAGACUGGCGUUGGAGCGCAAGUACGGUCAGGUACAGAAGGUGGUGGUCGAUGGGGACCUGCCCUUGCCCUUUUACUCGUAUGGGGACGGGGUGGGUGAGAACUAUUUUGAGGUACCUGUGUCUGUUGUGUUGCGGGCGGCCAUGGGCUCUUCUGGGAAGACGACUGCUUUUGUUACCAAGGUUGUCUUAGAACUCGAUCUCUUACAUGCGGCAGAGUGUGAGUUCUUCUCCAUUUGUGUGGUGAAGUCUGCGGGUUUUCCGUCUGUCUCGGUCGAUGUGACGAACGGUCACUUUCAGAUGGGGGUCGGUGGAGAGGACCCGGAUCAGAAGCGGGUGAUGAUGCGUAUUCAUCAUGAACGUGUGGCCACCUUGGCCGCUGGUGUGUUGUUGGCGCCUGCGCGGGAUGGGUCCCUGUUUGGGGCGGUGUUGUCUAAUCAUGGGUCGCCUUAUGUGAAGCGUUGCGAAGGGCGCAUCAACGGAGGCAAGGCACGGAUGCAUCAAGGCCGGGCUGCGUACGGACUACAACGAAAGGCUGGCAAUGCCUCGGUCUCGGAUACGCGGGUGAAGGACACCGUUCGCCUCUGCUGGACCAUGGAGAAGCAGGUGAUGGUAGGACCGGUGGGCAAUUAUGGGCUUGCGGAGUCCAUUGAAGACGAGUGUGUCUUAUUUUGUGGUGUACGGCCUGUAGUCGAGAUGGCGGGGAACAUGGGAUCAGGGAAGCCGCAGGAUACAUUUGGUAUUGUUCAGAAUGUGCGACUGUCCUUGCACGGGCGGUUUUAG